AAAAUUUUCAAGGAAUCUAAGCACAUGGGAAGAGUCAAACCUCGAUCAACCUCCGCUAAAUCCACCAAAAUCAUUAAAACUCGGUGGUUAGAGCCUUCUGAAUUGAAAAAUCUGGGUGUCGAUUAUACCAAGGGAAAUUAUUCGAGACAGGAAGAUACACUUUUGAUCCAAGCUUUGGAAGACUAUAAAAUUGCAAGUCUUUUUCAUAUUGAUUUGAUAGAGUUUUUCAAAAAGAAUAAACUCCAAGCUCAAGAAAUUCAUCAACUAAUUUAUGGGAAAAAUGGAAAAAAAGGUAUUCACAAAAAUUUUUGGAAGGAAAUCGGUUCUGUCUUGCAAACGCGUCCGUUGAAGUCGGUGACCAGCCAUGUACAGAGAAUGCAACAUCCUUACAAGAAUGCCGGAAAAUGGUUACCAAAAGACGAUGCACUUUUGAAAAGUCUAUUCAAAAAACAUGGCUCUAAUUGGAAGAAGAUCGGUGAUGCAGUGGGGCGAACAGGACUCGCGUGUCGUGAUCGAUACAGAGAUUUUAUUGAAAGCGAAUCCACAAUGACGAAAGGGAAAUGGAGUGACACGGAAAUAAAAAAAUUAUGUGAUAUACUUGAUGAAUUAAUUAAAAAUGGGGAAGCAACAGAUUCAACCGUUCCAUGGAAUCAAGUAUCUGAAAAAAUGGGAUUUACAAGAUCUCAACAUCAAUGUCGUGAAAAAUGGCAAAGAGAUCUAUUAAUACGUUAUAAAAGAGAGGACUUCAACGAAUCGCCAAAGUGGACCAAAGAAGACUCAUGGACGUUAGUCAAAAAAAUGUGGGAAGUUGACGUGGAAGAUGAUGUUGAUAUUCCUUGGGAAGAUUUAGCCAAUGACCCAAAUUGGGGACCAUGGACUCCGGAAUAUUUGCGCAGGGUAUGGUAUGGAUGGCGAAGAUCGAAACAAGAAUAUAUUGAUCUGUCUUUUCCGGUAUUUACAGAAAAGAUUUAUUUCAAAUUUCGGACAAAAAAAGGAGUUUCUGAUCAAAGGAAGCAACGAAAAAAAGUAAAAGUAGAGCGAGAGUCGAUUUCUGCAGAAUUUGUUGAAGAUAGUGAGCUUGAAGAGUAG